AUGACGGAACUUUCGUUUACGAGGAGCUUCCUGCAAGCGGUGGACUCGAAGCCUCUGAAGAUACCAUACGAUUAUGUCGCCGAUCCCGAGACGAUGCGGCUACCAGUGCCAUAUACACUCCCCCGCCUGCAAGCGCCGCAUCCACCAAUGGCAAAGAAGAUCAAAACCACGGUAGCCCCCGGCUCUGCGAAAUCCGUAAAAGUUCAACUAAAGUCGGCGCGAAACCCCGUUCUCGACUUAUCACUGGACAAUGUCCCACUUACAACCACAACCAUCCAUGACUUGCGCGAAGCCGUGCGCCAGCGAGUCGUUGCAGGCGACGGGAAGGAGCCGCCAGCCGCCGACAAAAUCAAGAUCCUGUAUAAAAAGAAACCAGUUGGUGGAAGCACGGAAAGAACGAUGGCAGAGAUUCUAUCUGAUUCAGAGCCCGAAGUCCUCGGCGGGGGGAAAACGGUCGAAUUUGGAAUUAUGAUUCUGGGAGGCGCAACAAUCAAGCCGGAAGUUACAGAAUCCCCCGUCGGUGCAGGCGCUGCGGUAACUGAGACUCAGCCGUUCCAUUCCAAGCCAGCACAGGGUCCAAGCGGAUCCGAAGUUUUGCAAACAGAGGGCUUCUGGAAGGAUUUAGAAGGGUUUUUGGAGUUAAGGACAAAGGACACUGUGGAGGCCUUGAGAUUAACGGGGGUUUUCAAGAGGGCAUGGGAGGCUGACGCUGCGCAGUCUAGCUGA